GCUCACCAAGACCCGUGGACGCGUUGACGCGCAGCCUGGGAAUCGAUCUCGGGCCUCGAUGGUGCCGCGCUAAAAACGUAUCAUGACAUAACCACCGUUUCGGCCGCACGCGCGCUUGCUGGCCCCCAAAUCCGCCCUUUGGCUUCUGCGAAGGGAUAGGCGAGAAAUUACAAUGUUUGCGCGUGUGCGAUUGAGCGAUGCCCCGAGCCCCUCUCCUUCGCGUUCCCUAUACCGAUCCUCUCCCGGCACCUAAGCUGAUUCCUGCGAGCGCGACGACGGCGAGCGGUGCUAUCGCGGCUUUGGUCGAAUUCUUGUCGCCGUCCUUGUCCACGUCUAGUACGCCUUCGAGGGCGACGCAAUCGAGCCUCUCUAGUCGCCUUGAUCGUGGCGAGAAUGCGGGCAAGACGCUGCUGCUUACUGGGGCGGGUAUCUCGGUAGCGUCUGGCUUGGCCGAUUACAGAGGCACGAAUGGGACGUACACACUGAACAGGACGUAUCGGCCCGUGUACUUUCACGAGUUCUGUGACAGCCACGAAGCGAGGAAGAGGUAUUGGGCGAGGAGCUUCCUCGGCUGGACGAACCUAGAGAAGGCGAGGCCGAACAAGGCCCAUGAGGCUUGUGGGGAGCUGGGUCGCAUGGGUGUUGUUGGAAGUAUCAUUACGCAGAAUGUAGACUCGUUCCACCCAAAGGCGCACCCAGACCUCUCCACCAUCGAGCUACACGGCUACCUGCGCAACCUCGUCUGCCUCACCUGUCGCAACGAAUACUCGCGCCGUUCUUUCCAGAACCAGCUCACCACCCUGAACCCCUCCUGGGCUGCCUUCCUCGCCGAGAUGAUCGAAUCGGGCGCCCUGGACACGGAGAACCCCGACGAGCGCCGCAAGAAAGGGCUCAAGUCGAAUCCAGAUGGCGACGUCGAUGUGCCAAACGCCCCGUACACCACAUUCCGGUACCCACCAUGUCCGACGUGCUUGGAAAAACCGCCAAAGCGCGCAGACGGAGGCAACGUCCGCGUACAAGUCGACAAGGAUGGCGCCUGGGACCCUGCGAGCGAGGGCGGAGUGCUGAAGCCUGCUGUUAUAAUGUUCGGCGAGUCUAUACCCGCUGCCACAAAAGUCGCUGCUGAAGAGGCAGUCGAUGCCGCAGGCAGGAUACUCGUCAUUGGAAGUAGUCUUGCGACGUACUCUGCCUGGCGGCUGGUGAAGAAAGCAAAGGACAUGCAGAUGCCGAUUGGGAUACUCAACAUGGGUGGUGUCCGGGGCGAGGAAACGUUCUUUGGAAACGUCGAGGAUACCAAUACUGGCCGGGAAGCUGCGCGCUUGAGUGAGAAUGCGGAAAAGGUUCUACCGCAGGUUGUAGGGCUACUCCAGGAGAGGAAGGAGAGGAAGUAGAAGAUAUACGAAAGAUUACGAAGUAAAACACUUGCUCCGCAAGAUACCAUCGAGUCAAUACAGUAAUGAAAUUUGCCGUGGAGGCCGUCAAGCUAGCUAAACGAUGCGCAGCAUUCUAGG